AAAGUAAGUUAAAGGAGGUCUUAGUUCCUUCAAAUAAGAAAAUGCUGCUAAUUGAAAUAAGAGCACUAAUCAAAGCAAUCGGUCAAGGACUUGGUAAACCAUCAAAGUUGAUUACCAUUUCUCCCAUAACUGGAUAUAAUAAUUACACCGUGCCCAUCAAAGACCCGAUUAAAGCCAAAGAGUAUGCUCGCCUCUCUAUGCUUAUCAAGUAUGCCCGUGAACGGGGAGAGGAUCCCACACCUAUAAUCGAGCAAAGAAAAAGUUUAAUAAAUUCAAAUAUUAUACCGGGUAUAAGUAUAAGCAAAACCAGUAUAAGAAACAAAGGUAUAAGAAAGUAUAAUAUUAUACCCAAAAGCCAAGCGAAAAAUAAUAUUCCUCCGGCUAUCACUGCUACUCUUAACCAAAUUACUCUUUUCCAGCAAGAAAUUCGCCAACAUUGCCAAGAGCAAGCCCGCAAUAAUGCCGAAAUUUUAGCCAUGGUGAGUGAGUUAACCAAAGCACUCAGCAACCAAAAACCAACCCCUGAGUCUUGCCGAAAAUGCCAACAGUUAGAAACCUCGCUAAAAGAACCAGAAAAUUUACGGCAACCAUUAGCCAAUUUCCCAAAGGAAAAACCUAAAUCUGUUAAGCCGAAAAAAAUUUCUCUGGCUAACGAAGUCAAGGUUAACAUUGAGGAAUUAGAGCAAGCCACCGGCCUAAAAAAAGACUGA